AUGGGGAAGAACAAGGGUGCUGCCAAGGCCCUAACUCAGGAAGAAAUCUGGGACGAUUCCGCUCUUGUUCAGAGCUGGGAUGAAGCCGUCGAAGAAUACAAGCUCUACCACAGCAUCCAUGCCAAGGGUGAGAAUGUUGAAGAUGUCCUGAGAGAGGCUCAGGAAGCCGCAGAGGCCGAGGCGGCGCCUGCUUUGUCCUGGGCCCUGAUUGAGAAGGACGAAGACAUGGCGGAUGUCAACGCCGCUGAGCCUGCUGCAGCUGAGACGCAUGCUCCGCAGACGACGAAUGGGUCUGCGCAGGCGAAACCAGGACCCACGCCGGUUGAUCCCCAAGCGCCUCCCAUGCCGCUUCCCGUUUUCCCGCAAGGCCAAAACGAAGGGUUGAAAAACCUUAUGAUGUCCUGGUAUUACGCUGGGUACUAUACAGCUCUCUACGAGGAGCAGCAGCGGGCGAGCCAGAACAGCAAGAGCUCGUGA